UUGUUUCAGACAAAUCUGCCUAUUUUCAAGCUGAAGGAAUCUACAGUUAGAAGAAGAUACAGUGACUUUGAAUGGCUGCGAAGUGAAUUAGAAAGAGAGAGCAAGGUUGUAGUUCCCCCACUCCCUGGGAAAGCAUUUUUGCGUCAACUUCCUUUUAGAGGAGAUGAUGGAAUAUUUGAUGACAAUUUCAUUGAAGAAAGGAAGCAAGGGCUGGAGCAGUUUAUAAACAAGGUCGCUGGUCAUCCCCUGGCACAGAAUGAACGUUGUCUCCACAUGUUUUUACAGGAUGAAAUAAUAGAUAAAAGCUAUACUCCAUCUAAAAUACGACAUGCCUGAAAUUUGCCGAGAAGUGGCAAAAAAAACUUUCUGUGACUAUGAAUGAUCGUAUGCGCCAGUGAAGAAGUUCUAACUAACUUAGCAUGCUGCACAGAAACUGGUCUAACAUGCCUGCAGUAUACUAACACUCAUGCGCUCUGCUCUGUUUUGUUUUGCUUUGGCAGUUGACAAGAAGUUAAUUUGCUUUAGUGAAAUCCCUCAUUCCAGCCUUUCUAUAUAAUAGCUCUUCCUUGCUCUUUAAUGUGCUGCACACUAUCACCUCACACACCUGUUACUCCAGCAUAAUCCGCAGUGUCCCGACUAAAGUUACUGAACUCGUCUCAGCUGCACAGUUUUUGUGUCAUGUUUGCUUCUUGAAUCUGAUUAACUAGAAAUCUCUUAUCCCCUUUUUAAUAUGUGAUGUCCUUGACCUAACUUACGUGUAGGAGCACUGGACCACUGGUUGCCAGCAUCCUGCACACAAGAUACACACUCGUAUGCAGAAUGUAUCCCUUCAGGCUUGUAAUGCCCUUCACAUGGAAGAUCAACGAGGGGAAUCUUUAUAUUCUGUACAAAAACAAAAUCAAAUUUAUAUACUAAAAUCAUUUGUCUAAAAAUUUAAGUUGUUUUCAAAUAAAAAUAAAACUGCAUUUCUGAUAUGCACUGA